UCUCUCUCUCUCUCUGUGUGUGUGUGUAAAAUUUGUAAAAUUUGAUCGGGAAAUGGCAGCCCUGAUAUCCCACAUCUUCUCGUCGUCGGCGCUGCUGUCAGUGGGGCUCUACCACCUCAUCUGUACCACCCGAAACCACCUUAAGUCCCCCCGAGACUACAUCGCAAAACCCUACCACCCCUUCCCUUUGUGGGCGUCGUCUUCAUCGUCGUCGUUAACGUCCACGUCCUCCUCUUCCUCAUCCUCCUCAACACGCCUAAAGCACGUCCAACUCUACCUGCUGAUCCUCUAUCUCGUGCUGGCCUUGGGCUACCAGCUUCUCACCUCCUCCGAUUCCGACCCUCUCGUUAAAGGCCACACCCCUGUCCACCGCUUCUCCUCCCUGCAGUCCGCCGCCGUUUUAUUCCUCUUCCUCCUGCUCUCCCUCUCCCUCCUCCUUUCCUCCACCACAUCCCUCCUCCCCAUCCCAUCCGACCUUUUCUUCGCCUUUGCCUCCGCCGUUUUCUUCCUCUACUCCUUCGUCUCCUCCUCCUCUGCCUCCUUCCAGAUCUCCGAUCUCCAGGCCAAAUGCGACUCCGUCUCGUCCUGGAUUUCUGCUUCCUCCGCCCUCCUCUGCCUCCUCCUUGCUUGCCAGCCCAGAUUGUUCGUUGCCGACGUGGGCCUUGGCGCUUCUGUCUGUCUCCAGGGGCUCUGGGCCUUGCAGACUGGGUUGUCCCUUUACGUCGAGGCUUUCAUCCCUGAGGGCUGUCAUCGCCUCUUGGAUGUCGUCAGUGGGGUCGAGGGUUCUACAAAGUGUGACCUCGAGGAGUCCAGGCUUAGGGCCGUGGCCAUUCUGGAUCUCGCCUUUGUGAUUCAUGCCACAUUUGUCAUCGUCACUGUGAUGGUCGUUUAUGCGGUCAUUGCUAGGAGUGUUGGUUCGAAAAGGCUUGGCUCCUAUGAGGCGUUGCCUACUUUGUCCGGUGCUGGAGAUUCAAAUAACAAUCACAUCCAGAUGAAGGCUUUGGCAGUAACACAAGCCUGAUCUACUCUUCUGAGGUUUGUUUUUGGAGUUGGAAGAAACUCACAUGGGUCUGAGCACCCUACGUCAACAUGAUCCAAGCGGAGAAGGUGCUUUUUUGGACCCCUUCUGUUCAUGGAUUCUUCAAGACGACCUGCUACAGGGGCUUUUUGCCUAGACUCUAAGCAGUAUAUUGUGCAGUUGUUUGUGACUGUUUUGGUCAGAGCGCAGAGCGUGGAGCGUGUGAACAUUCUGAAGGCCUCCCUUUUCCCAGUAUGUGCUGCUGUUUGUACAGGUUUCUCCUCUCUUGGUCGUUUGGUUGUACAAAUUUUGUCAUGGAAUCAUACUCUGAUCUGGUUAGCCUUUUUCUGAGGCGCACAGCUCCCUUCUAUGGGAGAUUCAAACCUUUUUGGAGGACAUUUGGCAUUUAAUGCACUUUUCUG